UUGGGGUCGCCGAGGCCGUCGCGGGGUCCCCUCUCAAGAGCACGCCCCAAGGUGUCCUUUCCGGAGUCCCGACCGUCUCCCUGACCAGCCAGGGCCCCCAGGGCUGCUAGGUGCGGGCUGGGAGUCGCGCGUGCAGGGCCGAGCGUGGACCACCCUACGGGAGCCCGCCUGACACUCCGCGUGGCUCGCUUCCCACUCCGCUCCCCACCCCCGGAGCCCCUGCUCCUGUCCGAGUGAACAAGAUCAAGAUCCAGUUUCGGGCAUGAGACUCAUUGGGUAAUCGUUUGAGAUCAACUUGGCUGACCAGGUGUAAAGUGCAAGAGGACUCAAAAUGACUGAGGGAACUCAAAUUUUUUUAUCGCCGAUCUUUACUUUGGAUUCUACAAAAGAAACGAUGCCUCCAGCAGCCCCUGAAGCCCAGGACUCCAAUCAGUUAUUAAACAGACUCCUGAUUGAAAAACAGCAGGAGGAAACAGAAUGGGAAAGCAUAAAUGGGCUGUUGAUGACACACGGCUUCAAACCUUUGUGUCUAGUCAAGAGAACCGACCUCAAAGAUCUCAUCGUUUUUGACAAACAGUCAUCACAAAGAAUGAGGCAGAAUUUGAAAAUGUUGAUGGAAGAAACAACACGUCAGCAGAACAUGAUCCGGGAGCUCAUAGAGACGAACCAGCAGCUUAAAAGUGAACUUCAUCUAGAACAGAACCGAGCGGCACACCAGGAACAACGAGCCAAUGACCUGGAGCAGAUUAUGGACAGUGUGAAAUCCAAAAUUGGUGAAUUAGAAGACGAGUCCCUAAACAGGGUUUGCCAGCAACAAAAUAGAAUAAAAGAUCUUCAGAAGGAGCAGAAACUGUUGCAGAUGAGAUGCCAGCACUAUAAGAAAAAACGAAUGGAACAAGAAGAGACCAUUGCUUCUUUGCAAAAGAAUAUCUACAGAUUAACUAAAGAGGAAGAAGAGCGUGUUAUUACUCAAAACAGAGUGUUUGCCCAUCUCUGCAAGAGAGUUCCUCAUACAGUCUUGGAUAAACAAUUGCUUUGUCUAAUUGAUUACUAUGAAUCUAAACUUCGAAAACUCCGUACACAGAGGCAGUGUAAAGAGGACGACAGUCAGGCAGAAGAGGAAAAAGGCUACAGAAGCCUGGAUGCCUCACCAAGUUACAAAGGCCUUCUGAUGUCAUUACAGAAUCAACUCAAGGAAUCAAAAUCCAGGAUUGAUGUACUGUUAGGUGAAAAGCUGAGUCUCCAAAAAGAUCUGGAAAACAGACCCACAGAACAUGAAUUAAGACUUUAUAAACAACAAGUGAAGAAACUGGAAAAAGCCCUUAAGAAAAACAUCAAAUUACGAGAGCUUAUUGUUCAAAACAAGACUGAUGACCUGGGGAAAAAAGACGAGCCCAGCAAAGACAGCCAUCAUCAGGCUCUAAUUGACCAGAGGUACUUUCAGGUGCUGUGCAGCAUCAAUUCCAUUAUUCAUAAUCCUCGAGCUCCAGUGAUUAUUCAUAAACAGAGCAAGGGAGGAGCCCAAAACUUCAAUAAAGAUAUUGUCCAAGAUUGUGGAUUUGAACAUCUCGUUCCUGUAAUAGAAAUGUGGGCAGAUGAACUGACGUCCUUAAAGGAUUUGUAUAAGUCCUUAAAAAUACUGUCUGCAGCACUGGUACCUUGGCAUAAUUUAAAGAAACCGGAUGAAAAUGAAGGUGUCAAAGUAGAAGAUCUGUUGUUUAUGGUAGAUACCAUGUUGGAAGAGGUUGAAAACAAGAAGGAGAGCCCCAACAUGCCAAACUUUCAAACUUUGCAAGCUAUUGUUUCUCACUUCCAAAAGCUAUUUGAUGUGCAGUCUUUAAAUGGAGUCUAUCCCCGGAUGAAUGAAGUGUAUACCAGGCUUGGGGAAAUGAACAACGCGGUGAGAAACCUCCAGGAGCUCUUAGAACUAGACAGUUCAUCCUCAUUGUGUGUGCUAGUCAGCACAGUUGGAAAAUUGUGUAAGAUAAUUAAUGAGGAUGUGAAUGAGCAGAUUAAGCAAGUCUUAGGACCUGAAGACUUACAAAGCAUUAUCAACAAAUUGGAAGAACAUGAGGAAUUUUUUCCAGCAUUUCAAGCUUUUACUAACGAUCUUCUUGAAAUCUUAGAAAUUGAUGACUUGGAUGCCAUUGUACCUGCAGUAAAGAAAUUAAAAGUACUUUCAUACUGAAAACAAAUUAAAUCAUUUUUACUGUGUAAAUUGUAUUCUUAACAUUCUAACUAUUUUAAAGAACUGAUCCUGAGACAAGAUUCUAAAAUGUUAUCAGCUCUCAGAAUUCAUCCUCUUGCCAUUGGGUCAUUCUCAAUCCAUAUAAGUUUUAGUUUUUGAUUAUUUAAUAGAAAGUAGCUGCUAAGUUAAUAAAAUAGUACAAUAACUUUAGAUCCCUUAUCACUUCCUAAGUAAUGCUUGAGUGUUUUAAAAUGUAAUGGUUAUUUUAAGGUAGAGAUUGUGCAUAGCAAAAGAGACUCAGGGAUAUUUGUAAAUUAUAGAUACUUGUAUUUAAGUUCAAGGCUUAAUGACUUUUUGGUCAGAGAAGAAAGAAUGUCAGUUGCUUUCUAAGCCCAAGCAAAAGGAGGCCACUGCCUUCCAGGCAAGGGCUAAUGGGCAUAUUCUAUUAAAAUACCUUUCAAAGCAGAAAGAUAGUGUCUUUGUAUUAAGGUAGGAAGUUAAUCAUGAGUGAAAUAGAUGAUUAGGUAGAAUACUUUUCAGAAAAAAAUGAAUAUUUAUUUGCAAUAUUGAUGUAAUGUACUUUUAUAAAGAAAUAAAAUCACAAAUAAAAUUUUUGUAGACUUUCCAGAUGUAAGUGUUCCUAGUGGCGAUAUGUAUUGCUCAUAAAUAAUGAGUCAUGUUAUUUCUUUGGUCAUCGAUUCCUCCUUACUGCAUUUUAGGUAAGAGUCCUGUUCUCACUGAUUUCUGCUUAUUCUCUACGCUCUGUAUUCAGUAUGAUGCGGGGGGCAGUGUUCUGCAUGACAUCUAUGAACACAAGCUACUCUAGGCUACCCCAUGUCCUUCUUUAAAGGUGCCAUUCCUACUGGUUGAUAGGAAUUAUUGUCAUAAAGUGUUUCUAGGAAACAGCAUGGUAGUAUGGAGAGUGCCAAAAAACAGGCAGGUUCUUUCUUACUUUAAAAUUCUUUGCUUUCUUAACCUGUAGUUAAAUUUUAAAUA